CCCCUCACUGGAGUGAAUGAGUGAAAUGAUCAGAGUGAAUGGAGAUUUACUCAAAGCUGGGGACAUCUGUGAAAUUACGCGAAAAAGUACGUAUUUUAUGGAACAAUACUUAGUCACAGAGACCAGAAUUGACUGUAUAACCAGUACAUGACAGCUGGUGUCUGACGUCAGCCUGGGAUUGGCCAAGAAAAGCAGGUACAACCUCUGGCUGGGGCUCACAUGGCUCCCGCUUGCCAUCGCUUGUCAUCGGGAGUGACAAAUGGAAACUACGUCGCUAUUCUGGGGAACCCCAUUGCGUCUGUUCUCCAUUCCCUAUAUCAAUGGCUGUGGACCCUCAUGACCGGUAGCACAAUUUUUUGAGUUCUCAUGAUCCAUCAACAUCACCUGCCCUGUUGCAGAGCUCUACUCCUAUCUUUCUCGCUUUGCCCAGUGCUAUCAACGACAUUCAGUAAAACAAUCCGAUUGGAAAUAUGAUUGCCGCUUAUACAGACAUCGAGUUGCCCCCAGGAGACUCUCCCGAGCUGGUACUGGCUCGGGCGACUCCAACGGAACGUGUCGAGUCCAUUAAGCUGAACAGCACAGAAUGGAAGGGUCCGUUGGAUCUCGACUCGUAUCUUGCGCGGGAGGACACACUACUCCAACAGCGAUUGACGAAGAGAGGAUUGAUUUGCUGGAUUCUAGUUGAUCGCCGACAGCCCGAAAAUACGAGAACAAUCCUCAGUUCUUGUGAAACGUACAGAAAGACAACGAUGGUGGCCCGUAGCGGGAAAGUGGAAGAAGCGCCAGCUCAGGGUGUCGGAAGUGUUUAUUGUCGGCCAGAGUUCAGAGGCAAAGGCUAUGCGAAGAGAAUGCUGGAGGAGCUGAGCAAGAAAAUAGAUGAGUGGCAGACGGAGGUCGAGCCCAAAGAGAGACCGCUAUUCAGUGUUUUGUUUUCCGAUAUCGGGAAACGGUUCUAUGCUCAGUUCGGCUGGAAGGCUCACCCAUCUUCACACUUUGCGCUUCCCCCUAUUUCCAGCGAGGAACAUUCGACUAGAAUACCGAGCAAACUGCCAGGUGUGCGAGUACUGCGAUCCGAGGACGUUGAACGUUGCAUGUGCAGCACUAGCGUUCUUGAUAAAGAGCGAGAACUUCUGCGACAGGCUUCGCUGAAAUCUUCUGAUCCAAAAGUUGCAAUUGCUCCAGAUUUCAACCACUUUUUAUGGCACUGGGCGAGGGAAGAGUUUUAUUCUCAAAAGCUCUACCCUAAGAGAGAGAUGCCCAUGGCAAAGGGCGCCGGCAACGACGACGCCAAGGUGUACUGUGCCUGGAACAGGAACUUUGGCGCUACACCGGCAGAGAACACAUUGUACAUUCUCCGAUGGGUGUACAACGAGCCCGCCUCUCCGGAAGAGACCGAGAUGACGGUCAAGGCGAUGGCUGCAAUCCUCAGAUGUGCCCAACUGGAGGCACACGAGUGGAAUAUGGCGAAUGUUACGUUCUGGAACCCAACCCCGCUUCUCGAAAAGGCCGUUGCUUUAUUGGACCCGACUGCUGAAGUAGUUCACCGCGAAAAAGACAGUAUUGCGUCUCUUAGAUGGAGCGGGAAACCAGAAGAGCACGUGGAAUGGUUUUUGAACGAGAAGUACGCAUGGUGUUGAGUACCACGAUGCGCGCAUUUAGCCAAUAAGACAUAGAAGGCUUUGCAUACACGGAUGGCACUUAUUGAUUCAUCGUUUCUGCCUCUUCUGGUUCUUGAAUAAUUCAUGCCAAUUCCUC